UGAUGACAAUAAACUACAACUUAGCAGUAUCCACUUCAAAACCGUGGACACUGUUCAAGUUGCUGCUCAAAUGGCGUGGAAGUAUUUGGAAGGCAGUGAUAUUGGAAUUGGCAGUUUGGUUAGUAUUAUAUGGCAUACUAAGUGUCAUUUAUCGAACUGCACUCAAUCCUGGGCAGCAGAGAACAUUCGAGCGAAUAGUACAGUAUUGCGAUAGUCGAUUAUCAUAUAUUCCAUUGAAUUUUAUGUUGGGUUUCUUUGUUACUGCAGUUGUCAACAGAUGGACAUAUUUGUAUCAAAUUAUUGGAUUUAUUGAUAAUAUUGGUUUAAUGGCAGCCGAAUAUGUCCGUGGACGUACUGAGCAAGCUCGAAUGUAUCGUCGAAAUAUCGUUCGAUACUGUGAAUUGGCUCAAGUUCUAGUAUUCCGUGACAUCAGUAUGCGUACUCGACGUCGAUUUCCAACUUUGGAUACAGUAGUCGCUGCUGGAUUUAUGAUGCCUCACGAGAAAGAUCGAUUUGAUGAGAUUCAAUACAAAUAUUCGAAAUACUGGGUUCCAUUUCAAUGGGCAUUUAGUUUGACAUAUGAAGCACGAAAGAAGGGAUUAAUUGAAAGUGAUUAUUAUCAAGUUGUCGUGCAGGAUGAAAUCAAAAAGUUCCGAACGGGUCUUGCCUGGAUUUGUAAUUAUGAUUGGGUGCCAAUUCCAAUUAUGUAUCCACAAUUAGUCUGUCUGGCUGUUCACACAUACUUUUUGGUAUGUCUUUUGGCAAGACAAUAUGUGGUUUCAGAACAUGCAGAUAAUAAAACAGAGAUUGAUUUAUAUUUCCCAAUCAUGUCAACUCUCCAGUUUAUUUUCUACAUGGGAUGGAUGAAAGUUGCCGAAGCGAUGCUUAACCCAUUCGGAGAAGAUGAUGAUGAUUUCGAAUGCAAUGCUCUUAUUGAUCGAAAUAUUACAAUGGUCUUGAUGAUGGUAGAUCAAGGAUACGAUAGAGCUCCAGAUCUUAAGAGAGAUGACUUCUGGGAUGAAGAAGUUGAACCAUUGUAUUCUGAAGAAACUGCAAAGAUACCAAAUAAUCCAUUGAAGGGUUCAGUGUCAGAUGUCAAACUUCCGGAAUACGUCCAUGAAAUCAAAAUGGUUCCACAUUGUGAUGAUGCUUCUCCAUUAGUUCCGGGAGAUGAGAUGAGGAGAAGACGAGUUUCAGUUGUUCCAGUCAAGCCAUCGGACCAACAACACCAUCAUCAUGGCCAUCGCACCCGUACUUCAUUGGGUAACAUCGAAAUGUUCAGAAGUUUCAAGAACAAAAUCGAGAGGUCAUUCUCGAAACCCCAUUUACACGACGACCUAGGUCGAAAGACGUUCUCACAUGGAAUGCUUGAAAACAUGGAAUUUGAGGGAUCAAAUACAAAUAUUGCAGAUGGAUCCCAUGCAAAUAACAAUUCAUUCACAAAUUCAGCAUUUGUGAAUUCAGGAGAAGACCUUUCAAAUAAGCGAAUUGACACAUCAUCCAGUCAGCCACAACUGGCAACUGGGAAACGUGGAAGUGAACAUCCAUUCCAACAUCACGUACUUGACGACGUCUUAGAAGACGAUGAAUCAGAUGAGAAUCAGUUAACGAUUCGGAAGAAAUCCUCUGUUUUGCAACCAGCAAUUACAUUGGUUGAAAGAUUUAAUGAAGCUACUGGUCAGUUAGAAACUGAAGUAAAAAGAGAUGAGAAGAAGAAAAAAGAAGAGGAAUUGAGAGAAGAAGGAGACAAUGGAAAAGAAGAAAAAGAUAAUAAAGAGGAUAAAAAAGAAGAACAAGAUCGUCCAUCCCGACCAACUCGACCAUUCUUCAUUGGAGUAGUCCGCUCAGAAUCUGAAGAUCAUAGCCAUCCGCACCUUCGACCGCCAACAAAAUUUGAAUAGUCCUUCAUUGACCAGAAUAUAAUAUCAAUUUCAUAUCAAAAACACAUUCUUUAAAGAUUUCUACAUCAUAUCCGUAAAUCUAUUUUUCAGCUUUAAUCACUCCCAGACUUCUUUGUUUUUUAGUGAGAAACUACCCGAUCCACCCGACCACAAAACAUUAUUUUGUAGCGACUUUUGAUGACAUGCUCAAUUGUUUUCAUUACAUUUUUGUGCAUUUUCUGUAUAAAUUUGACAAUUU